AUGGUGAAGCCAGUUGCCACUCCGAUUCUUAACCGUUUAACAAAUCGUUCAUCUAUUGCUAACUGGAAUUGUAGCAUCAGGGAAGCAGUAAACCAUGGGCAGAGCCAGAAAGCGCUUCUUGUGUUUCGUGGAAUGAAGCAGAAUGGCGUUGAACCCAACAACCUCACCUUCCCCUUUGUGGCAAAAGCCUGUGCAAAGCUCUCCAACUUGGAAUACUCCCAAGUCAUCCAUGCCCAGAUUUUGAAAUCUCCGUGCUAUUCAGAUAUGUUUGUACGAACAGCCAUGAUUGACAUGUAUGUGAAAUGCGGCAAAGUAGAUUUAGCACGUCUUCUGUUUGAUAGAAUGCCUGAGAGGGACAUUGCUACUUGGAAUGCCAUUAUUAUCGGUUAUGUGCAAAUUGGGUUUGUUGAUCGAGUUUCGUGUUUGUUUGAGCGGAUGGUGUUUGAUGGGAUUCGGCCAGACUCCGUCACAGUAAUGGGAUUGACACGGUUGGUUUCCAGUCUGAAGGAUAUCAGGUUGUUGAGUGCAAUUCACUCUUUUGGAAUCCGGAUUGGAUUUGAGUCUGAUGUUUCGGUUGCUAAUACUUGGGUUGCUGCCUAUGCUAAAUGUGGUGACUUGGGCUCUUCACACAUGGUUUUCAAUGGAAUCGGAUUGAAGUUUGUAACCGUUGUAUCUUGGAACGCCAUGAUUGCAGGCUGUGCAUGUGUUGGGAACUCAUGUAAAGCUAUGCAAACCUACCGACAAAUGCUUCGUUGUGGAUUCAAACCUGAUCUGAGCACCAUUCUGAACAUGCUCUCAUCUUGCACCAGCCCUGAAGCGUUAUUUCAAGGAACGUUGAUCCACGCCCAUUCAAUUCAGGUAGGGUGUGAUGCAGAUGUUUCUGUUCUUAACACCACUAUUUCUAUGUACUCCAAAUGCGGAGAUCUAUACUCAGCUCGCCUCACCUUCGAUAACGUGACAGACAAAACUUGCGUUUCAUGGACUGCUCUUAUUGGCGGGUAUGCUGAGAAAGGUGAUUUGGAUGAGGCAUUAGCUCUGUUCACGAGUAUGGAAGCAGCCGGUGAGAAACCUGAUAUGGUCACUCUGACAUAUCUCAUUUCAGCCUGUGGGCAAGUUGGGGCUCUCGAGAUUGGGAGAGAAAUGGAGAGUUACGCGACAUUGAAUGGCUUAAAGAGUAACAACGUAAUGGUGUGUAAUGCAUUACUAGACAUGUAUGGAAAAUGCGGAAACAUGACAGAUGCUCGAGAGCUGUUUUGCAGCAUGGAGGAGAAAACCAUUGUGUCCUGGACAACUAUGAUAGCGGGCUAUGCAUUGAAUGGGAAAUCCAGAGAGGCAUUGGACAACUUUCAACUGUUGUUGGAUUCGGGUAUUAAACCAAACCACAUUACGUUCCUUGCUGUCCUACAGGCCUGCAAUCAUGCCGGUUUCCUCAAGGAAGGCUGGGAAUUCUUUGAUAUGAUGACUAAAGUGUACAGAAUUAAUCCCAGCUUGGAUCACUACGCCUGCAUGGCGGAUCUCCUUGGGCGCUGUGGAAGGCUGCAAGAAGCACUGGAGUUCGUUCAAAAUAUGCCCAUGGAGUCUGAUUUUGGCAUCUGGGGCUCUCUACUCAGUGCUUGCAAGAUUCACUGCAGCUUGGAGAUUGGGGAAUAUGCGGCUCAACGCCUCUUUGAAAUGGAACCGCAGAGGGCAGCUCCGUAUGUAGAGAUGGCGAACAUAUAUGCAUCAGCAAGGCGGUGGGAUGGCGUUGCUGCAACCCGGACCAGAAUGAAAAGCAAUCAAGUGAGUAAAACCCCAGGACAGAGCCUCAUUCAUGUGAAUGGAAAAGGGUGUACAUUCACUGUGGAAGACAGAUGCCAUCCUCAAGGUCGUGCAAUAUAUGAAACGCUGAAUAGUUUAGCCCUUCAGCUCAACAAAGAAUUUGAUUUGUCAUGGUUAGAAGGCUUUCUUUGA